AUGAAUACAGCGACAGGCACCGCAGCAACACCAAGUUGGUGGUGGUGCCGCAUUCAUAACCACCAUCUCCAUCCACCUCCUCAGUUCAGAGGUUUAGGGUUGUUACAUAGAAAGGGAAUUGUUGAGUCUGUCUGGGGAAGCAGUGCUGUGUCUCGAAGCAAUCGAUUGAAUGUAUCCUCAUGGGAUGAUAAACCCUUUGAAAUUCUUCCAAAUGGUAAAAGGUCUUACUUGGAUGAACAAGAUGUCGUUGCGUUUAUUGACCCUCCUAAUAAUUUGAUUCCUUUGGACCCAACUUCUUAUAAUCCUGCUGCAUAUCUAUGGAAAAAGAUUGAAGAUAUUCCGGAGGAAAGGCGUCAUCGACUACUGCCACUGAUAGAACCUAGACUUAUAUCAAUGGCUUGGCAGAUAGCUGGUACACGAUAUGAGGAUCCCAAGUUAGUACGAAAAAGUGAAUCUACAUUGUUGAUCAACUCAAACAAAGAUGAUUUGAUGGUUGAAUAUUAUAAAUGCCGAACAAGUGGAGGACCAAUGCCAAUUUCCUGGAUUAAUUCGUUCAGAAAGGUUAUAUUUUCUUGCAAGGAUGGGAAGACCUAUGGGCGGCUCAUUGGUGGAUCAGUUUUGGCUUCAUUUGCUGAUUCUUUUGCUCCUCUGUAUUUUACAAUGACACAAAUUAAGGAAGUGCUGUCAACUGAGGAGCCUUGUGAUUUAUCAUAUGAAUUUGGGGAUGGGAUGUAUGAUAUCAAAGAACUUCCACUAGGAUUUCCAAAACCAGGCUUAUUCCCGGUUAAACCAGUUGGUUUAGUCCGGUUCUUAAAUAUUGGGGUAAUUACACUAAUCUUCAUUGAAGAUCUGGGCAGUGGGCAGGCUUGUUUAUGUGACAUCGUGACCUUGGUUCUGACGUCUUCAUCAGUUAAACAUCUUUAUCCUUUCAACGAUCAAAUUGUUAUAUACGUUCGCUAUCUUGGGCCGGGUGUUUCCGUAGGACAAGCAUGGCAAGAGGGAAAUAAGUUAGACCAAAUACCACGAAAAUUAUGUGGUGAGAUAUUAAUUGUGAAAGAUUACACAUCAUUACAAAACAGCCCGUGA